GUUUCUGUGACUUGUUUCAGUUUUUAAUGCUUUCUUGGAGGUAAAGGGAGUUGCCUACUGCUGCCGGUUGAAAAAACACAAGCAAUACCCAGCAUGAAACAAUUGAUAAAAGACACCUCAGGUGCUCCAACCCGAUAUGCUACUUGUGAAUGGUUUUACCAUGCACCACUGAAGCAAGAAGAUAUGUCAGUCAGUGCUGCUGUCCUUCCUCCCACAUCUCAAAUUCCAGGUUUGAGUGAUCUUGCAGAACCUCAUAAUGAGUCUUUUAAUCAAAGUCGCAAAAAGUGGAUUAAGGAUACAGACUCAGAUUAUGUCAAACUGGCCAAGCAAGGAGGUCGACCAGACUUGUUGAAACAAGUGGAAAGUACAAAGAAGUCAUCUUCAGUAUACAAUGCCCUUCCAGAAUGGUAUACACAUGUGAGUGAAAAUUCCCCAGCUGAAUACAAAGAACCUCCUUUAAGAAAUAUUCCAGAUUAUAUGGUUCAUGAAGAAUUGAAUACAAGUCAACAUGAACAAAAAUACGAAGGAAAAAGGGGCCCUUUUGAUUUUGAUCAGAAAUCUGUUUGGCAGAGGGAUUCUGAGGGAGUCAUUAAAGAAAAUCAGGAAGAUAAAAAGCAGGUGAAGCUACCAGACAUAAAAACAAGGUUUAAGGGUGAAUCCAGAACAUUGCUUGGCAAAGUGCCUCCCACAAUAAAAGCUAAAGGGGCAAAACUUGGGAAAAAGUGCUUCUUCCCACCUAUGCCAGUGUCCCAAAAUAAAGAGACUGUUAACAUCAGUAAGUUGAUGAGCAAUGGGUAUGGAAAUGAUUGGUUUCAGCAACAUGGUGAUCUAGAGGACAAACUACCACACAAGCCCAAAUUAAUCUGAGGUUGGACGAUGUUUCCUCAACAAUGAACAGUCUCAGGAGGCCAUUAUAAAUGUUAACUGAGUAGAUUAAAUAAAAGUCUCCUCUAGAAUUGUAAAAAUACACUAAAUAAUAACUUAUGGUGUUAGGGUAUAAAGGAAGGAAUAAUUGUUUUAUAUAGUUCUAUAUUUCAGGAGACUUGUCACCCUAAGAAAUAACUUCAUGUUAGUUGAGCAAAAUAAACUUCACUUUCACUAUA